CGCGCGCGGUAGCACGCAUGCGCGCCAGGGUUUCGUGGCCGGAUCUAGAGCCAGCAUGGCGUCUGAACGCAAGACCAAGUUGUCCAAGAACCUGCUGCGCAUGAAGUUCAUGCAAAGGGGACUGGACUCAGAAACAAAGAAACAACUAGAAGAGGAAGAAAAGAAGAUCAUUAGUGAAGAACACUGGUAUUUGGAUUUGCCAGAGCUUAAAGAGAAAGAGAGUUUCAUAAUAGAAGAGCAGAGUUUCUUGUCAUGUGAAGAUCUUCUCUAUGGAAGAAUGUCAUUCAGAGGAUUCAAUCCUGAAGUUGAGAAAUUAAUGCUUCAGAUGAAUGCAAAGAACAAAGCAGAUGAGGAAGAGGAAGAGGAAACAGUCGAGCUUGAUGUGUCCGAUGAAGAAAUGGCCAGAAGAUAUGAAACAUUGGUGGGGACAAUUGGAAAAAAAUUUGCUAAGAAGCGGGAUCGUGCCAAUUUUGAAGAAGAUGAAAAUGGAAACAUAAAACCAAGAAAAGCAAAGAAGAUGUUCUUAAAGCCCCAAGACUAAACUAAAUGCUUUAAAGUAGGGUCCCGGGAUGCUGUAGAAGCAGCAUAUUUUGGAACUCAACCAAUAGUCUAUAGUUCAUAUUGUAAUGUGUUUAUUUGUAAAGAAAUGUAUAAUUUCUGAGACAUGCUGUUUUUGAAACAGAUGUGUGAUGGGUGUUAUACAUCCUUUCCUAGUGGUUUUCAUCAGCAGUGAAAUUUCAGCCCUUGAUCUUUAAGUGUACAUACAUACAAAACAUUGCUUUCCUAAAGAUUUUUUACCUUUUUAUAUAUAUGUAUAGUUCUUCUGUCACUAUCUCAGAUUGACUCAUAUAAUUGAAAGUAAAGUUUACAUUUUACUCUUAAAUUAAUAAUCAUGUCAAGCCAGUUCAUAUAUCCAUUUGGGAACCAGAUGUCAUGAGAAUUUGUUAUAUGUAAAUUUAUAUAAUAAACAUGCCUCCUCUCCAAUUUGA